GCCGGCUCUUCUUUGCCUCUGCUGGAGUCCGGGGAGUGGCGUUGGCUGCUAGAGCGAUGCCGGGCCGGAGUCGCGUCGCCUUAGUCCUCCUGGCUGCCGCCGUCAGCUGUGCCGUCGCGCAGCACGCGCCGCCGGCAGUGACGUCAGUGUUGGGGGCCGUCCUCACCUCAAGGAGCACAGAGUCUGGUAUUGACAAGGAACGCAAACAGAUGAUUAUAAAGCAGUGUCAUAAACAUGUUGAUGAGAGUGUGCACAAAUGCUGUGGGAGGAAAGGAGGGUAUGAAUAUUUUCGUAUGGAAGAUAGAUGAAGACUUCACAAGAAAGAAAAUGCUUGAACUGAAUCUUGGAAGUUAGAACCAGCAGUUCACCAGUGGACAGAGGACUGCAGAAAAUCAACCUAUCCUCCUUCAGGACCGACGUGAGUAAACAUCAGAUGAUCAAAGCUCCCUUUGACCUUUGUGAAGUUUUUUCUGUAUGUAAUAAUUGCUCAUAAACUAAUGAUAGUGAAUAAAAUCUUAAGUCAUGUUUCCCAUUCCGAGACAGAGGUUUGUUUCUCAGAUUUGUUUAUUAUGCAUUUGGCUGAGAUCUUGGACAAAUAUGAAAAUAUCUUCCGAUUCAAAUGCCCAUCGCUAGACUAUCAAAAUCAUGGGAAAGAAAAGGAUUUUCAGCCAGACGCGGUGGCUCACACCUGUAAUCCCAGCACUUUGGGAGGCCGAGGCGGGUGAAUCACGAGGUCAGGAGAUAGAGACCAUCCUGGCUAACAGUGAAACCCCGUCUCUACUAAAAAUACAAAAAAUUAGCCAGGCGUGGUGGCGGGUGCCUGUAGUCCCAGCUACUCGGGAGGCUGAGGCAGGAGAAUGGCGUGAACCUGGGAGGCGGAGCUUGCAGUGAGCCGAGAUCGCACCACUGCACUCCAGCCUGGGUGACAGAGCGAGACUCCGUCUCAAAAAAAAAAAAAAAAAAAGAAAAGGAUUUUCAUUCUCCACUAAAUUCUCAUGUCUACCAUGAAGUGUUUUUCUCAUCUUUGACAAAUGUAAGGGCUGUAUUUGAAAUGACCUGUGAUUCUCUAUGGUGCCUGGAUAUAAACCACCAAAUUAUAUUGUAACAAAAAAUCAUAGGCCCUCAUAUGUGAAACGUUCUCAAAAUAAACCUUGGCACGACAAAGCUGUCGAGGACAAGACAGGAUUGGAACACCUAAGAGGAGGACCAAUGUCAUGAUUCAGUGUGUUUAACAUUAAUAUUUUUAGUCUAGAUUUUGGUCUUUCCAAAUCCUCAGUGUUUAAAUGGGCCUGUGAGAAAGCCAUAAUAACAGCUCACAAACCCCUCAGAGGGUACAGAACAGAGAAAAGAAGGAACAGGUAUAGGGGGUGGUGACCUUUUUCUCCUACACUGCCCUUUCGCUGAAAGUAGCUUGCUGUUUGUAGGGGGAAACAGUACAACUCUAUCUAGUGAUAUGAAGAUGACAUUUUCAGUUUGUGCAACAUUCCAAAUUACUUAUGUUGUACUGUUGUUGUCUAAACGAUGUAUUUUAAAUAGCCUCUGUCCCAGAUAGCUUGAAACUGUAAUAAACUAAAUUCUUUUGACUUACUUGCCUUUAUGUAGAAAGAGGCCAGUAUUUGGCAGGAAGCAAUUUAGAGGUAACCAGUUUGGAUGUUGUUUGGGGCCAGUGUUCAUUCCAGCUCUUUCUUCAAUGGCCUGCUGUCUGAAAGUCUUCCUUUCUGUCAUCACUGGCAUCAUUCUGGCCUUCAAUGACAUGUCUGCCUUACUGAUUGAUUAUGUCUCUCUGCUGGUCUCACUGCCCCGAUUCAUUGAACAUUUAAUGAGGUGCCUUCCAUGUUUGAGGCCGUUUCUACUCCCUUUUAGGUGCACUUUACAUGUGUCUAUAAAUUGAAUGCCCUGCAAACCAUAAACCUUUCCUGAUUGGGCAUUUUACUGACUCCUUAUUGCCAUGUGCAUGUGAGUGUGUGUCUACAUAUGUGCAUACAUACCUACAUGUAUACAUACAUAUAUACUCCAAAACACAUGCACGUGUAUACAUGGACAUAACUUGUAUGUUUCUUUCCUUGCCUUCAUUUUUUCGCUAGCUUUCUUUUUAUCUCACUAGCCUGCUUUCCUACAUAAAAAGCCUCAGCUUUGUUCUUAUCCUUCUCCUCUCUCAACUCUAUCAAUGGAUCUUGAGAUUUAGGAGAUAACUGUGGUAUUUAUGUACCUUUGAAUGACAAACAGACGUCCUGUUCCUUUGAGAUCAUCCUUUUCAAUUAAGUGCAUAGAUUUGGGCAGCAUCCAUGGGCAAAUAUGAGGAAAGAAAAAGAUAACCUGUUUGGCCAGCAUGACUAGUCAAAUCAAUGCUGGAGAUAAAGGAACUGAUAGCCAGAUCACCCCUGAAUCCAUCUGAGUCCCAUUCAGCAUUUCUUUCCCACUGCCCACGGGGUGCCUAGCACUUGCUCUCUUAUUUGUAUAUGUGUGUGUUGUGUCACUUGGACUAGUUUCCAUGCCACCUAGGUAGACAUGUGGGUUCAGGUGAUGUUGCUGAUAUUAUGAAUGGCAUGGACAUUGCAAACACUAAGUCUCAAAAAUGAUGAAAUGAUAUUUCUUGUUUGCAGUGAAGUAGGAAAAUAAACUGUGAUAACUACCGUUGAUUGAAUACCAAUGCUGCUAAGUGUUUUUUUUAUUUUUGCAUUUUUCAUAUAGUGUCUUCCCUGCUAUUAUAAGGUGGAUACUCUUUUAUUCUUAUGGGGAAAUUGAGGCGCACAAGUUAAACACUGAAAUGUUUUAGAAAACUGUUUAACGAGAGGUAAAAUGUGCAAUUAUGGCUAAGCUUUAGUCAUUAAAAUAAUUUGGUUUAUUAGAUUAACCAGUUCUCUCAAAUUCUAAUUAGCGCAGGUUUGAUGGUAGAGAGGUUUGUGGGGUCUCAUCAUCCCCACCUCAUUGUAAUCCCUUCAUUGUCCGUUGUGUUGUGUUCAUCCCCUCUCAUCGCGUCUCUGAGAUCCAUGAACCUACCCAAGACUCUAGGCUGAAAAAGAAUCAGGAAUUUAUGGCGGAUAUAGAGGCAUGAUUUGGGAUUGGUUGGAUGUUAUGAGGUGAGGAGCAGCUGAUUGGAGUUCAUAGGGACGACACGCAUAGCUCCAACAGGCCACUGAGGUACAGAGGUCCAGUUCCAUGGUACACCAUAAAUCUUGACUUACCACCCUACAAAAGAUGGCAUGAAUUGAUGCUUGACAAGGCACCGAUGCUAAAGGUUAUAGUGAAUUCUCUGAAGAAUAUGAUAAAUACAUUCGUGCCAAGUGGAAAAAUUGUGCAGGUGGUGGAUGAAAAAUUGCCUGGCCUACUUGGCAACUUUCCUGGCCCUUUUGAAGAGGAAAUGAAGGGUAUUGCCGCUGUUACUGAUAUACCUUUAGGAGAGAUUAUUUCAUUCAAUAUUUUUUAUGAAUUAUUUACCAUUUGUACUUCAAUAGUAGCAGAAGACAAAAAAGGUCAUCUAAUACAUGGGAGAAACAUGGAUUUUGGAGUGUUUCUUGGGUGGAACAUAAAUAAUGAUACCUGGGUCAUAACUGAGCAACUAAAACCUUUAACAGUGAAUUUGGACUUCCAAAGAAACAACAAAACUGUCUUCAAGGCUUCAAGCUUUGCUGGCUAUGUGGGCAUGUUAACAGGAUUCAAACCAGGACUGUUCAGUCUUUCACUGAAUGAACGUUUCAGUAUAAAUGGUGGUUAUCUGGGUAUUCUAGAAUGGAUUCUGGGAAAGAAAGAUGCCAUGUGGAUAGGGUUCCUCACUAGAACAGUUCUGGAAAAUAGCACAAGUUAUGAAGAAGCCAAGAAUUUAUUGACCAAGACCAAGAUAUUGGCCCCAGCCUACUUUAUCCUGGGAGGCAACCAGUCUGGGGAAGGUUGUGUGAUUACACGAGACAGAAAGGAAUCAUUGGAUGUAUAUGAACUCGAUGCUAAGCAGGGUAGAUGGUAUGUGGUACAAACAAAUUAUGACCGUUGGAAACAUCCCUUCUUCCUUGAUGAUCGCAGAACGCCUGCAAAGAUGUGUCUGAACCGCACCAGCCAAGAGAAUAUCUCAUUUGAAACCAUGUAUGAUGUCCUGUCAACAAAACCUGUCCUCAACAAGCUGACCGUAUACACAACCUUGAUAGAUGUUACCAAAGGUCAAUUCGAAACUUACCUGCGGGACUGCCCUGACCCUUGUAUAGGUUGGUGAGCACACGUCUGGCCUACAGAAUGCGGCCUCUGAGACAUGAAGACACCAUCUCCAUGUGACCGAACACUGCAGCUGUCUGACCUUCCAAAGACUAAGACUCGCGGCAGGUUCUCUUUGAGUCAAAAGCUUGUCUUCGUCCAUCUGUUGACAAAUGACAGACCUUUUUUUUUUCCCCCUAUCAGUUGAUUUUUCUUAUUUACAGAUAACUUCUUUAGGGGAAGUAAAACAGUCAUCUAGAAUUCAUUGAGUUUUGUUUCACUUUGACAUUUGGGGAUCUGGUGGGCAGUCGAACCAUGGUGAACUCCACCUCCGUGGAAUAAAUGGAGAUUCAGCGUGGGUGUUGAAUCCAGCACGUCUGUAUGAGUAACGGGACAGUAAACACUCCACAUUCUUCAGUUUUUCACUUCUACCUACAUAUUUGUAUGUUUUUCUGUAUAACAGCCUUUUCCUUCUGGUUCUAACUGCUCUUAAAAUUAAUAUAUCAUUAUCUUUGCUGUUAUUGACAGUGAUAUAAUUUUAUUACAUAUGAUUAGAGGGAUGAGACAGACAUUCACCUGUAUAUUUCUUUUAAUGGGCACAAAAUGGGCCCUUGCCUCUAAAUAGCACGUUUUGGGGUUCAAGAAGUAAUCAGUAUGCAAAGCAAUCUUUUAUACAAUAAUUGAAGUGUUCCCUUUUUCAUAAUUACUCUACUUCCCAGUAACCCUAAGGAAGUUGCUAACUUAAAAAACCGCAUCCCAGGUUCUGUUAAUUUAGUAAAUAAACAAGUCAAAGACUUGUGGAAAAUAGGAAGUGAACCCAUAUUUUAAAUUCUCAUAAGUAGCAUUCAUGUAAUAAACAGGUUUUUAGUUUGUUCUUCAGAUUGAUAGAUAGUUUUAAAGAAAUUUUAGUAGUUACUAAAAUUAUGUUACUUUAUUUUUCAGAAAUCAAACUGCUUAUGAAAAGUACUAAUAGAACUUGUUAACCUUUCUAACCUUCACGAUUAACUGUGAAAUGUACGUCAUUUGUGCAAGACCGUUUGUCCACUUCAUUUUGUAUAAUCACAGUUGUGUUCCUGACACUCAAUAAACAGUCAUUGGAAAGAG